CUCUCACCAUAGCCGGGUCGCAGAAGGGGGGGCUGUCGGGACAGGCUGUCUGCUGGAGGGUCCACCAGUACGGGAGGUGUGGUGUGAUGAGAGGAGGAGGGAGAGGGAGGUGACGGAGCAGAAGCGGAGGAGGAGGAGGAGGAGGAGGAGGAGGAGGAGGGAGGAGGAGGUGGCGGCACAACGGGCAAAAAAGGAAAAAAACAUUGUCCCCCACUUUCUUCUUCCUCCUCCUCACUCCCCCUCCUCCUCACUCCCGCUCCGCCUUGGCCACCUCAGCCUCCAUAGAAGAUGGAGAGAACGAAGGACGCGGCAGAGGAGGGGGAAGAGAUUGCGACUGAGGAUGAAGAGGUGGGGGAGGAGGAAGAUGGCGGGGCAGGAGGAGGGAGGAGGAGGAGGGAGGAGGAGCGGGAUGAGAGAGGAGAUGACGGAGCUGGAGUGGGAGGAGGGGGACGUGGUAGAGGAGGAGGAGGAGGAGGAGGAGGAGGAGGAGGAGGUGUCACAACGAGCACGGCGGAGGGAAAUGGUGGAGAAGGAGGGUGGGGAGAAGGAGGAGGAGGUGGCAGAGUACGAGGGGGAGGAGGAGGAGGAGAAGGAUGUGACGGAGCAGGAGGAGGAGGAAUAGGAGCAGGUGGAGUCAUGGAGGAGGAGGAGGAGGCGGAGGAGGAGUUAGUCGAGGAGGAGGAGGAGGAGGAAGAGGAGGAGGAGGAGGAGGAGGAGGAGGAGGAGGAGAUAACGUAGCAGGCUGAUGGUUGGGAGAUAUCUGCAGCCAUGGGGGUCUCCCAGAAUGACAGUGGGGGGGGACAACUCGCACAUCCCCAGCAUGUUCAAGCUGGGGGCUUUCUUACAGCGUGUUCUAUCCCCGGCAGCCGGCAGAGGCGGGGUGUGUUCUCCCGGUCUCCGUUACUCCGUCUCCUCUUUCUUAUCCUAGCUGUGCUGCUUGCUUCUACAUUUGCGGGGUUUAAGUUAUAUGUGUCUCCGGCGGCGGAGAGGUGGAGCGAAGAUGAACGUACCGUGGACUUCGGCGGUGGUGGUGGACUGAAGGCGAUCGAAGAGGGAAGCGGCUAUGGUGGCGUUGGCACUGUUCGCGGAGGAGUAGGGCGACGAGGAGGAGGAAGAGGAGGAGAGGGAGGAAAGUUGUACCAGGACGUGACCAGGGAGGGCAAGGCUGUGGUUGAUGCUGUUGGCACGACAAAUGACAACGGGGCGACCGAUGACGACCAGGUGCGCUCUGUCGAAAGGCGGCGGGUUGUGCUGCAGCAGGGAUCAUGGGCGAGUGAUGCCGCUGCUGCAGUCCUCUCUUCUGAUGAAUCGACGGUUGGUCCAAGCACCAUGCGCGUAACAACAGAUCUGGCAUCUACUGACAGCAGCAGUGUGAAUUUGGAUCCCUCUCAUCAAGGCGAUGGAAAUGCGGAAACGGAGAGCGUCCCUCGUGCCACACGCGCCCUUGCGAGGACGGCGCUGUGUCUCUCCGGAAGCGCGGAGUUCCUCGAUCUUACCGGCCUUUCGAUACUUCGGAAUCUGGUGGUCCCCUACCAACCCAAUGUUGACGUGUUCCUCAACUUGCCGUUUAACUGUGACACACACAAAAUUACUGUGCUGAGAUCCCUGCUGGAGGGCAACGAAGGAGUAGGACUAGGAGAAGGAGUAGUAGGAGGAGGAGGAGCAGGAAUAGGAGUAGGAGUAGGCGGAGGAGGAGGAGGAGGAGGAGGAGGAGGAAGGAACAGCAGUCGCGGGUUUGUUGGAAUUAGAAUAGUGCAGAGGGUCAUCUUCUCACAGGAAUUCUUGGGGAUGGCUGGACGCGUGCUUUCGGUUGGAAGGGGGUUGCUUCUGGAAGCUGCGCUUUCCGAUCUCAGUAUCAUUGAGGGAUGUUCAUGGAUCAUUCGCCGUCGGGAAGAGGAGGUUGGUGAGGUGUACAAGGAGGUCAUCUGGUCCAGGCUGGACAGCUUCUGGUCCAGCGAAAUCCAGCCGCUCGAGAUUCCCACAGCGAAGACCAACGCGGCAGUGUACACAGUUCCGCUCGGCAGUCGGUAUGGCGGACAUAACGCGGAGUUCGGCUUUGGCAGCUCGGCAGCCAGCCAUGCCGCGUUGGCCCGCGUGAGUGUUCUGCAUCAUCUUUUUGAGAACCGGUAUGCCCGGUUGAACCCGCAGAGGGCGCUCCGCGCGCAGCUGAAACGGAAACGCAUACAUGUCAGCGAAGCUGCCCUCCCGUUUUGCCGAGUCACCACCCGGCCUGUGGUUUUGCCGUUACAGCGAUGGGGGGUGCCGAUAUUUUCGAUCGCGUCAAAAGGUUACUUAAGCGGGGCGUUGUGCAGGCCCUGCACCACGCUCUCUGAAACCAAGGCUUCUAUCCAAGAGGCUGUGGACGCACUGGAUCCCGGUUGGGGAUGGCCCGGUCCCAACGUCUCCGAUCCGCGGCUCUGCGAUCGGACGACCGAAGAACAACAGGAUUACGACGGUUGGGAUCUCGGAUGGGAGAAUUCCUUUGAGGAAGCUGCCGGCAAGGCUGCCAGGGAUUUGCAACGUGAGAUCGACCACAGGAGCUUUGCCAACUGUGUGGACGAUUUCACUUCUUUCCAGUCUAAGGUGGACAGCUGGGUGGGACCGGGAGCGGAACAGGCCUGUUUGAGUGGGUUUUUGGGCCCGCUGGACUGGAUUGGGGUACAACCCUUCAGUUGUGGUGUCUAUCUUAAAAAUCUCAAUCGCUCAAGCAUCAUCUAUUCUUUUGGCGUCGGAUCGGAUGUGUCGUGGGAGAAGGAGGUGUCCCAGGCGACUGGUGCGGAGAUCCAUUUGUUUGACUCGACGCCGUGGGGGGUUCAAACGAUGGACAGUAUGUUUCCCGUUCCGGAGCGAUGGCAUUACCACAGGGAUCUCUUGGGUAUCGACAAUCGACACCUGGACAUGUGGAUGCUUGUGAGCGAAGCGCACAACGAAGUGACGUACGCGCAUGUCUCCCCGCGCGAGGACAUACUGCUUACGGAGAGCUUGCUUAAUCGAAGAGUUGCGGCUGGCGAAGCUGCCGCCGAGAUCGAGGACGAAUUGUCGCUUCAGGUCCCUCCCAACUGGAUCAUAUGGGGAGACCGCCCGGUUCGUCUGCGAACGCGUACUCUGACGGAGAUCAUGCGAUCGCUGACCCACGAUCGAGUCGAUGUGCUGAAACUUAGCGUCGAAGGAAUGGAGACGUAUCUUAUCGAUGAUUGGUUGGAAAUGUACCGGAAAGGGGUGUGGGGACCGCCACCGACUUGCCAGCUGUUGAUUCAGUUCCGUACGGGCUACCACCGCAAUGUUACCGAGGUGGGCACGACUGCGGUGCACCAACUUCAAGAGUUAGGCUUCAUCUUGGCCGGUUGCGAUGGAGCACCAUCCUCCUUGCGCCCGGCAGACUUCCUCGGUCAGCGCUGUACCUUCUUUUCCAGAAGCUUCUGCUUGCAGUGAUGGCAGAGGCACCUCGCCUUCUUCCUCAGUAUAUGCAAUUGUGUGUGUUGUUGUUGUUGUUAUUGUAUAUAAAUCUCUCAAGA